AGCCGCGGGUUCUCCCCGCCCCCUCCCUCCCUCCGGUCGUUCCGUCUGGUCUCGGCGAUCUGAAUUUCUGCACGGGCGGUCUCCCACGAGGAGUGGGGUGUCGCGGUCGCGCCGACGGUGUCGGGAUCGGCGGCCCGCCAAUCGCCGCGGCGGGGGAGUGGUCCGCGUUUCUCCGCUGAUUCGGCCUCCGCCGCUGGCAGAUCUGUUCGGAAGCGUGCGUGUGGGGUUCGGUCUAGAGGUCUGAUCGAGGUUCUGCCCGUGCCGCGGGGGUUGGUCGGGGGAUUCAGAAUCGUCGAUGCCGAAUUUUGCUAUGGCGAAUCUGCACCUCUGACGGGAUCUGCGGGUGCUGCUGGAUUCUGUUGUAAGAGCGCCCACCUUAAGGUGGUUGCAGUUGCGUUUAAUUGUUAGGUCUCCUUCGAGCCCUCGCCGAGUAAGAGUUAUGUAGAGUGUAGUUGUGCUUGCUGCGAGCCGUUUGAUGAUGUUGACUUGGAUUAUUUGCGCCAAGAGGAGGUGUUGCGCCUUUAUUAUUAUUAUGUUACUGCAUUACUGGGAAAAUUACCCUUGCGUCAAUUACCUUUUAACGACUUUUUUACCUGCUGUACCCGCCACAUGCCGACAUUUUUGACAUCUUGUACACGCAGGAGUAUGAUUAACUACCACUAGAAUUGCGUAGGUCUUGACAAAGUUACGUCUCAUUUCUGCAGGUCUUUGGUUUGCUGCCCUCCAACACUGUGCUGUGCAAUAACCUCUUGAUAACAUACCAAGUCAAGAGGUAAUCAUGGCCGAUUCCAUGGCGGAUUCGAUGGUGGCGAGCUUCUGGGGGCCGGUUACAUCAACCACUGAGCUGUGCGAGGAGAACUAUGCGCGCUCGUCAUACAUCGCAGAGUUCUACAAUACUCUCUCUAAUGCCCCGUGCAUUCUUUUGGCGCUUAUUGGGCUUGUGAAUGCUCUCCGCCAGCGUUUCGAGAAGCGCUUCAGCGUCCUGCACAUAUCCAAUAUGAUACUUUCCAUUGGGAGUAUCAUCUUCCAUGCAACCUUGCAACAUGUCUUACAGCAGAGUGAUGAGACUCCAAUGGUGUGGGAAAUCCUCCUAUAUCUGUAUGUCCUUUAUUCACCAGACUGGCAUUACAGGAGCACCAUGCCUACUUUCCUUGUCCUAUACGGUGCUGCAUUUGCUGUAGUUCACUUCUUCGUGCGAUUCCAAGUAGUAUUCAAGUUGCAUUACAUUGGCCUCUGCCUUCUCUGCAUCCCGCGGAUGUACAAGUACUACAUUCAGACGAAAGACCUGGCUGCCAAGAGGCUCGCGAAGCUGUGGGUUCUUACCAUAUUCCUGGCGACAGUUUGCUGGCUAGUUGAUCGCAUCUUCUGUAAGAAGCUCUCGCUCUGGGUCAUCAACCCGCAGGGACACGCAUGGUGGCAUGUGCUUAUGGGCUUCAACUCUUACUUUGCAAACACAUUCUUGAUGUUCUGCCGAGCUCAGCAGCGUGGGUGGGAGCCGCGCAUUAUCCACCUCUUUGGAUUUUUGCCUUAUGUCAAGAUUCAGAAAUCCAGAAAGAGGGAGUAAGUCAUCUGUCGAGUCGAUCAGCGGUGUUCUGCAGGACCAGAAAUCUAAUGUCCACCAAGCGCGCAAAAAAACAAGCGGUGGCAUUUUUUGUAAAUGGGCUUCCAAGUGAUUACGGACUACAAAUGAAUGUCAGUCAGUGAUGUCUCGAUUGAUUUUGGUAACUUUUAACUAACGCCCUGUUUUGUACCAUACUCGAUUUCAACCAGAGAUUAGCUGGAGUGUCCGUCUCUUACUUUCAAUCUGCAGCAGUUUGUCUUUGCGAACUUAUAGGACUUCUUAUUUUUAUUCUUUGAAUUUGACUUGAAAUGGGAUUGAAUUGUAUUAGUUUAACUUACUGCUGGGGUUGGAUGGUGUCAGAUUCAUGUUCGUGGUAACAGUUGAUUCUUUUGUUAAUCGAUGCUAUUUGUGAA